AUGGCCUGGAAUGUGAGGACGCUGUCCAGGAAGUUGGGGAAUAUCAGGUUGAAGCUCAGUGUGAAGAGUGUCUUUCUCCUGACGAAGCCGCGAGAUAAAUGCCUCGUGCAGUUGACGAGAGAUGUGACUCGAUGGCUCCUCUCCGACCUUCGAGAGACCCAAUACACGGUUUACGUUGAGAAGAGGCUGGAGGGAGAACAAGAUUUUGAUGUGGCUGGAAUAUUCGCCGAUGAACCCUCCGCAAAAGGCAGACUGAAGUAUUGGGAUCUGAAUCUCAUCCGUCAGAGCCCGCAGUUGAUUGAUUUCAUCAUCACUCUUGGAGGUGAUGGUACUGUUCUCUACUCUAGCUGGCUAUUCCAGCAGAUUGUUCCGCCAGUGCUUUCCUUUUCCCUUGGCUCCCUUGGUUUCCUCACCAAGUUUGAUUUUGGAAAUUACCAGGAGACGUUACAAAAGGCAUUUCAUGAGGGUGUCACGGUCAGCCUUCGCUUGCGCUUCGAAUGCACCGUUAUGCGAACCAAGGACCGCGCCAAGGGUAGCCAGAGGGACUUGGUGGAUGAGAUUCUCGGGGAAGAAGCUGAUGACGAUGUAACACAUAUGCCAGAUAAAACAUUUCAGAUCUUGAAUGAACUUGUUGUCGAUCGGGGACCGAAUCCAACCAUGUCCUCCCUGGAAAUAUUCGGAGACGAUGAGUUUUUCACAUCUAUCCAAGCAGAUGGCGUAUGCGUUGCCACGCCCACCGGAUCCACGGCCUACAACCUGGCAGCCGGUGGCUCGCUCUGCCAUCCAGAGAACCCCGUGAUUCUCCUGACCGCGAUUUGCGCGCAUACUCUGAAUUUCCGGCCGAUCAUACUCCCCGACACCAUCGUGCUCCGGAUCGGGGUGCCGUAUGAUGCCCGGACCAGCUCCUGGGCGAGUUUCGAUGGCCGCGAACGUGUGGAACUUUUACCUGGAGACUAUGUCACGGUCUCAGCAUCGAGAUUUCCCUUUGCGAAUGUGAUGACUACGAAUAGCCGAAGUCAUGAGUGGAUCGAUAGUAUCUCUCGGACGUUGAAUUGGAAUACGAGGGAAAAGCAGAGGUCGACGGGCCGUGAUAAGUAUUGUGGAAAGUGUGGAAAUUGA